AGUUUGCCACACUCCGUCGGGGUAGGUCGGACAGCAGGGACAGAUGAGCGGAGCUGAGGAUGGCUGCGCUCGGCUCCUUCCCCCUGAUGGUCGAAGGGUCCUGGGGCCCCGACCCCCCGAAGAACUUGAGCACCAAGUUGCAGAUGUACUUCCAGAGCGCGAGGAGAUCCGGAGGCGGGGAGUGUGAGGUCUUCCCGGAACCCGGCACCCGGUCCCGCUUCCUGGUGUUCUUCCAUCUAGAGGACGUUCGGCAAAGAGUUCUGGAGACAAAGAACCAUGAGUUGCUAUGGCCAGGAAUGGGAGCAUUCCAGUUAACUGUCCAGUUGCCUACAGCCCCACAUGAAGUCCAGGAUAUCUUUGAGGGGGAAAUUCCAACAAAGGAUUUGGAGACCAAAGAACAUGUCAAAGAACCAGGUGUGUCAGAAGAACUGGAUACAAGACUUUCUCCCAGUAGAAGAUCGGAGAAAAUGGAAGAUACCUCAGAAGAGUGUGAAAAUACUGCCUCUUUGGUUGCAUUUGAAAAUCUCAAGGCAAAUGUAACCGAUAUAAUGUUAAUCUUGAUAGUGGAGAAUAUAACUGGCCUGUCCAAUGAUGCUUUUCAAGUGGAAGUAAUACGAGAUUUUGACGUUGCUGUAGUUACCUUUCUAAUGCAUGUGGAUGCUGUGAAAUUUGUUGAUGAUUGUCCCAGGCACCACUCAGUGAAACAACUCCAGCUUUCUCCAAGACUUCUGGAAGUGACGAAAACAAUCAGGGUUGAAAACCUGCCACCUGGUGUGGAUGACUAUAAUCUGAAAUGUUUAUUUGAAAAUCCUCAAAAUGGAGGAGGAAGAGUUGCCAGUAUUGAGUGUUUGCCUGAAGAGAAUUCGGCUCUGAUUGAGUUUUUUGACAAAAAAGUGUUACACACCAUCCUGACCAAGAAACUAAACCUCAAUAACAUGCCACUCUCUGUGUUUCCGUACUAUUCCUCUUUGGGCACGGCCUUGUAUGGAAAGGAGAAACCUCUGAUCAAGCUUCCAGCACCAUUCAGAGAAUCAUUCGCUCUUCCCUUAUGGAAGUUCUUACAGAAAAAGAAGCAUCUGAUUGAUGAGAUAAAUGACGAAGCGAGACAUUGUCACUGUGAUCUAAUAUGGUCCGAACUCAGGAGUGAAGUUACCAUCAGACCUGCAACCACAUUAUUCUGUCUUGGUAGACUGAGAAUCAGGAGCUGGAAGGAAGACGUUUCCACGGCAUUCUCUAGCAUCAGGUCUAAAUAUAAAGUUACCCCCUUUAAAGUGGAUCCCAUAGUGUGGGACACCAUAAAAAAGAGUGUAGAAGACGACAGGAUUUUGAUUGAAUUUGAUACACUUACGGGGAUUGUAACCUUAGUAGGGAAAUCAGAGGAUGUACAGAACAUUGAGCCACAAAUCAAGGAAUUAAUAGAAAGUACCACUCAAAAAAUUAAAAGAGAAGAGCAAAGUCUAAAGGAAAAAGUGGCCGUUUCUCCAGGAAGGUAUUCUCUUUUGUGUCACAGCGAUGUCCUGGAGCGUCUCCGCACUGAGUGCCCAGAGAUGGAGAUUUGUUAUGAUGAAGUUUCUCAACAUGUGUGCUUCAAAGGCCCCUACACAGAUGUGUAUAAAGCAAAGUGUGAAAUACAGAAAAAGAUGUACACCAUGGUUCAAAAAAGCAUCCAGCUUCCCCCUGAGAUUUUCCAGUUUUUGCAAAAAGGAGACUGUAUAGAAUUCUCUAAGUCUCUUUUGAUGGCACAGAAAAUUCUUGCAGUUUAUGAGCUGGAGGGUAAAAAUGUUCUCUUAAUCGGCUAUUCCUCUGAAGUCCUAUUAGAUGCUGAAAAGCAAAUGGUCAGUGCCUUAAGUUAUAAGCGCAUCAACAUUGAGGACAGGGACAUUCUUAAUGGCAAGAAAUGGAAAGGGCUCACCCACAGUUUGCAUAAGAGACAUAAUUCCUCCUCAAAGACUGUAAUAAUCGAUGAGUUAACUUCAAAAACCAAAGCUGAGGUCAUCAUCGCGGGCUGUGUGAGAGAAGUGAAUGAAUCCUAUAGCUUGCUUUUGGACUUUGUGGAAAAACACGUGAAAAUCGAGAGAUUGGUUGAAAUAGAGCCUCCCGUAAUCAUCGAUUAUUUAAGGAUAGAAAAAAAACCAUUCUGGCAAAAGAUAAAGACGACAAAUGUUCAGGUAACUUUCAAUCUUGAGAAUAAACAAAAAGGCAUUUUACUAACUGGGCCAAGGGCCAAAGUCCUGGAGGGCGUGAGCAUCAUCAAGCAAGCCUUGGGUUCCGUCUGUAUUGAAAGCAUCCAUAUUGAUAAGCCAUUGGUCAGCCAGUUCUUCCAGGAGAAAGCACAGUAUUAUAAAAGAGAGGUCAAACGGUUAUUUGGAUGUUCCAUUGACCUACAGGAGAAUGGAGGGGAGAAGGAGGGAGGCGGCACGGAUGGGCAGAAGUGCUUGUCGCAGGUAGAGCUGGCCCCCGGAGUCUCACUGAAGGUGCCGCAGAGCAACUUGUUGCAGGUAGAGCUGGCCCCCGGAGUCUCGCUGAUGGUGCAGCAGGGCGACUUGACCCAGUUUCCUGUCGAGGUGGUGGUGAGCAGCACCAGUGAGGACCUGCAGCUCUGCAGCAGCCUGGCGGCGGCUCUUUCCAAAGCAGCCGGCCCUGAGCUCCAAGAGGACUGUAACCAGAUAGUGAAGAAAAUGGGCAAGAUCCUCCCCGGCAGCGCCAUCAUCUCGAAAGCAGGCAAACUCCCAUACCGCCAUGUGGUCCAUGCGGUGGGGCCCCGGUGGAAGGAGGACGAGCACCUGAAGUGCAUGCUCCAGUUAAAGAGAGCUGUAGAAGAAAGUCUCCGUUUGGCUGAAACACACAGGUGCCGGUCCAUAGCCAUCCCGGCCAUCAGUUCUGGAGCUGGUGGCUUUCCCUUAGCCCGGUGUGUGAGGACGAUUGUUUUGGCUAUCAAGAAGAACUUCCAGUUUAAGCAGGAUGGACACACCUUGAAAGAGAUUUACCUUGUGGAUACAGCUGAGAAGACUGUCCAGGCCUUCGCGGAAACUGUGAAAACUGUAUUUGAGAACUCCCUGCCUCCUACGGCUCCCAGGCCCAGUAUACCGCAGACGGUCCAGCCCGUCUCGACCAACGUUCAUGGACACAGUCAAAUUCUGUUGUCCCAGGGAAACCUGAGGAUCCUGCUGGUGAAAGGAGAUGUGCAGAGCGCCACGGCUGAUGUUCUUGUCAACUCCAUUCCCGUGAAUCUCCAGCUUAAUAAAGGGCUCCUUUCUCAGGCCCUCUUGGCGAAAGCUGGGCCAAAGCUCCAGGAGGAAUUGGACAGAGUCGGCCAAGCGAAGGCUGUUGGCAUGGGUACAGUUCUCCAAACCAGUGGACACGGUCUACACUGCCACCAUGUGCUUCACGUAGUGGCUCCGGACUGGAGAGAUGGCUGCACAUCUUCCUACAAGAUCAUGAGAGACAUUAUCAGAAAAUGUCUGGAAAUCACCGAGAACUUGUUCUUAAGAUCAAUUGCAUUUCCAGCAAUAGGAACAGGAAAUUUGAGGUUUCCUAAAACCGUUUUUGCUGAAUUAAUAACUUCAGAAGUGUUAAACUUUAGUAGCAAGAUUCAACUGACAGCUUUACAAGAGGUUCAAUUUCUGCUGCACCCGAGUGAUCAUGAAAAUAUUCAGGCAUUUUCAGAUGAAUUUGCCAGAAGAACUAAUGGAAGUUUCGUCAGUGACAAAAUUCCCAAGGCUGAAGAUGCACAAGGUUUCCAUGAGACUGCGUCUAGCCCUAAUGUAGACGUGCGUGAAAUGAAAAUUGGUCCCAUCAUCUUCCAGGUGGCCUUUGGAGAUAUCACCAAAGAAAAGGCUGAUGUGAUUGUAAAUUCAACAUCAAAAGCAUUUAAUCUCAAAGCAGGGGUGUCCAAAGCAAUUCUAGAAUGUGCUGGACAAACUGUGGAAAUGGCAUGUUCUCACCUAGCUCAAAAGGGCAACAGUGAUUAUAUAGUUACUGAAGGUGGAUUAUUGAGGUGCAAGAAUAUUGUUCACAUCAUUGGCGGAAAUGAUGUCAAGAAAUCGGUCUCCCUUGUUUUGCAAGAGUGUGAAAAACGGAAUUACUCGUCAAUUUGCCUCCCAGCCAUUGGGACAGGAAAUGCCCAAAAAGACCCAGGUAUGGUUGCUGAUGCCAUAAUUGAGGCCAUCGAAGACUUUAUCCAGAAAGGAAUGCUCCAGUCUGUGAAAAAAGUUAAAGUUGUUAUCUUUCUGCCUCACCUACUGGACAUGUUUUGUGACAGCAUGGCAAAAAGAGAAGCAUCUCUGGCUUCUCCCCAGCCGUCUCUGAAGUCUAAAUUGACACCAUCUGUGGGCUCCCCAAGUCAAUCUCCACAAAAGCAGAAUCCUUUGGUUUUGAAAAAGAAAACAGAAUCAGCAAGUUUUCAGGUGUGUGGUGAAAGUGUAAAAUGUAUAGAAAACGUUGUCUCCUGGAUACAGGAUCUGAUUACAAAGGAACUGUGCCCUUACACCAAUGAAGAUGAGUGUAUCAAAGAUUUUAAUGAAAAAGAAUAUCAGAAAUUGAAUGAGCUGCAGGAGAACUUAAAUAUUGCCAUUUGCUUGGACUGUAGAAGACCUUUGAUUGAGGUUUUUGGAAUUGGCAAAGAUUUGACACAGGCUAGAAAUGCAAUUGAGGAAAUGAUCAAGGGAAUGAGAUUGGCCAAAGAACAGAAAUCCCAGGCAGAGUUUAUCAGUGAAUUUAUAGAAUGGCAAUAUUACAAAAAUAGUACUUUUCAUAGUUUUGACAAAAUAACCAAUCUGCAAUUGGAGAAUGCAAGGAAGGCAAAGAAAAGGAGAAUUGUUGUCAAAAUUAAUCAUCAGAGCUACACAGUGGACCUGACCACACACACUGCUACAGAUGCAAAAGGACAGAGUUUACCUGUUCAGCGCCUCAUGAAAUCUGAAGUUAAGAUCCCUGAGCACUGGAGUGAUAUGAAGCAGCAGGAUGUCUGUGUGGUUGAGCUACAGCCUGGUCAUGCAGAAUAUAACACGGUGGCAAGCAAGUUUAAUCAGACCUGCUCACACUUCUACAUAGAGAAGAUUGAGAGGAUCCAGAAUCUAAAUCUCUGGAAUUGCUACCAAACAAAGAAGAAAACCAUGGAUGCCAAGAAUGGGCAUAAAGACAAUGAGAAGCAGCUCUUCCAUGGGACAGAUGCUGACUCAGUGCCACAUGUCAACCGAAAUGGCUUUAACCGCAGUUAUGCUGGAAAGAAUGCUGUGGCAUAUGGAAAGGGAACCUAUUUUGCGGUCAAUGCCUGUUAUUCUGCCAAUGAUACAUACUCCAGACCAGACAGAUAUGGGAAAAAGCAUAUGUAUUAUGUGCGUGUACUUACUGGAACCUACACACAUGGAAAUUCCUCACUAAUUGUGCCUCCUCCAAAGAGCCCUGAAAACCCUACUGACCUGUAUGACACUGUCACGGAUUCUGUGCAGAAUCCCCAUUUAUUUGUGGUAUUUUAUGACUACCAGGCUUACCCAGAGUACCUCAUUACUUUCACCAACUAACAUUUUGGUAUCCUUCCCAGAAGACAUUGCUCGUCUAUACAUGCCGAGUUGUAAAACAAGUUUUGGGUGUUUUUUCCUCUUAACAGCAUUUUCUAAGAUCAAAGGAUCCUGUCACUGAAAUCAGACUUUCUUCAACUUCUCCUUCAUAACUGGAAUGAACCUGCUCUUAAGAGCAAAACAUUUGAGAAUUUACAUCAGAUAACUUAGUUACAACUGUGUGUCCACAACCGUGGACAUCCAAUCUGUAGAAGGAAGGAACAGAUUUGUGUUUUCGGGAAGGAGAGAAUAUGUUCAUCUUAAAGGCAGAGGGCACAGCUAUGCCAUUUCAGCUGCUGCUGAAGGAGACAGCUGGUGUAUCACAUCAGGACGCCAUACUCCCAUAAGGAGCACAGUAUUACUGAGUGGGUAGGACUGCUGAUUUCCCUGCAGCCGGGGAUGGUGUCUCUCUCUUUUUUUUAAUCCCUGGCCUAAGGUCUAUGCCUGAUGUAAAUAGAUGCUCCAGAAACAUUCCAUAAACCAACUAAGAAGGAAAAAGCCUAGUCAGACUCUGACUCAAAGUAGGAGCCAUCUCUUUAAUAUUCUUGACUUGCCACUUUGCCUUAAAUUGAACAGAUUCCGUGACAGGGAACUCUGUUCUUCACGAACUGAACCAUGACAAUGUGGGACAGCUCCAGUCAGGGUUCUGUGCCCUGCACAGUUCACGGGCUGUGGUCUAGCUUGUGGCCCAUGGGAAUUGGGUCCCACGGACUUGUGCAGCACAGCAGUCCUGGCUCCACUGGUCCUUUUCUAUGUUGACCCCAAAUCUGCCUUCAUCUAACUUCUGUUGGUCUUAGUUCUGCCCAGUGACAACAGUGGUAUACUUCCAGGGUGAAACCCUUUACUAUGUUAAGAUUAAGUGAAUUCUAAUGUUAUUAAAUAGCAUUAUUUUCCUUGGCAGUCUAGCUUUUGAUGAUUUUAAAGACUUGUGCAUAAAUAAACCAAAGGAAUUAAGCAGCCAUAUUGCUAAUUUGCUAGCUCAGUGUCUGUUAGAUAGGAAAGUGUUGGUUUUUUGAAAAAUUUUCCCCAGAUAAAUUUCAGACACGAUUUAUUGAGUGCCUAGAUUGUACCAGGUAAUAUAAUAGGUGCUUUCACAUAUUUAUUUUAUUCCUCCAAACAACCCUGUCAGGUAAGAAUCAUAUCCCCAUUUUAAAGGUGAGGAAACUUGGGCAUCUGGGUGGCUCAGUCUGUUAAGCGUCUGCCUUCAGCUCAGGUCAUGAUCCCAGGGUCCUGGAAUUGAGCCCUGUGUCGGGCUCCCUGCUCAGUGGAGCCUGCUUCACCUCCCUCUGCUGCUUGUGCGCACUCUCUUUCUGUCAAAUAAAUAAAUAUAAUCUUUAAAAAAAAUAAGAUAUAAAGUUGAGGAAACUGACGCUCAGAGUGCAAGAAGCUUCCUUGCCUGGGGUCACCUAGGUAGUAGCCCUCAGAGACCGAAACCCAAUCCUGAUUCCUGUGUUACCAAGUCCUUUGCUCUUCCCACCACAGAGCAUGGCCUCUAGAUUAAUGUUGCCAUUUCAGGAACAUCCCAGGUAGUCUAUGAAUGACCGUCGUAUUUCCUUGGCUUUUUCCUUCUGGCUUUGGUUUCCAUUAGAGUCUCUUCAUUUGGAGCUCUGUAGGCCAAAAGGCUAGAGCAGAUGCCCAGUGCAGAUGGUGCACUUGAACACUAGGGGGUGUCGAGAGGAGGUUAAACGCGUUCUUCCUUGGCUGCUGUGAACUACUUGCUUCAAGCACAGGAGGUUGAGGGGGCCACAGUUCCGCUUCAUUAACAGACAUCCUGAAAUUUUUUUCUUGCUCUUGCUGUUUUUUUUUUUUUUUUUUUUAAGAUUUAUUCUUUUGAGAGAGAGAGAGAAGGGGGAGAGGUGGAGGGAGAGAAUCUCAAGCUGACUCUCCGCUGAGUGGGG